GAAGAGUGACGAUAAGCAAUUGUUCCGCUGCUUUGUAGGCGAGUAGAACAGAGGAACUGCUCCUGUGCUCUAUUUUCUCUUCUUCCCUCUACCAUCUCGUGAAAGCGGACAUUUUGGGCAAAUAUCCAGGAAGAUUCGACCCUGCACCACGUCAGAAUCAUCUCCCGCCUUUUACUACCUCUUCUUUUUGCCGCCCAUGAGCUGUCCUGAUUAACUCAUUAUCCAUCCGCCUCAAAUCUCUUUCCACUAGCCCAGACGUCCAUCUUCUGUCCCUCCAACUCGCGCAUUCGAAGUGUACUCGCUCGGGUUUUGAAUCGAAUCAAAGAUGCCUUCUUGGUGGAAGGGGAAGUCGAAGGGGAAGUCGAAGUCUUUGGCGGCGUCUGAACCGAGCCUGAGUAGCCGGCCGGAUUGGGGGGAGGAGGAGGGGGAGGAGGAGGAUAAAGGGGAGUGCUCGUCAACUUCGAAGAAUCGACGGGAGGCGAGGAAGGAGAAGGCCAACAGUUUCGAUGGGGUUCUUCUGGGGAAGAAAACUAAGGAGGCCGUCUCUGGUGGCCGCUCCGGGGAUUCGGGGAGUACCUUCGCGUUUGGACAUCCUCUGCCGCUCCCGUCAGGGUCCUCACCGUUGCCCUCUCUGCCGCUGGCGGAUUCCGGGAUAGUGACAGCAUCCGGCUCGGCGUCCUAUUCCAGUGUUAGUUCUUCGGGCUCCUCUGAAGACACUCCCGAUCUUGGUUUCUACAGGUUAUCGAACACCAUAAACAUGGGAAGAAACAGAAAUCUGUCAACAAUUGAAAGGUGUCGUUUCUCAUGCAGUCCAGUUUUGGAGCAUCCCAGAAGCUUUGAGAUACCAUUAUCUCCUAGAAAGGAAAUCCAGUCUUCUGGUUUAAGCUACCCGGAAACCAUGUUUAAUCCGAGGACAGUGAGUUGUGCACCUAGUUCGCGCGGGUCUCCAAUUUCAUUAUCUCCUGUACAUCCAAUUUCCCCCCUGCGCGUCCAUCCAGGAUCACCUUCAGGAUGGCAAGAAGAAUUGAAAAGCCCUCCUCAUCCAUUGCCUCUGCCUCCAAACUCUCCUGUCUCUCCAUCUUCACUUUCUUCUCGUUCAUCUCAAACGCAAUGGAAGAAGGGAAAGUUAUUAGGAAGAGGAACAUUUGGACAUGUCUAUCUUGGAUUCAACAGUGAAAGUGGGCAAAUGUGUGCUGUUAAAGAGGUCAAAGUCAUAUCUGAUGAUUCCAUUUCUAGAGAAUCGCUCAAGCAACUAAAUCAGGAAAUAAAUUUGCUCCGUCAGCUCUCACAUCCAAACAUUGUGCAGUACUAUGGCAGUGAACUGGUAGAUGAAACACUAGCGGUUUAUCUUGAAUACGUCUCAGGAGGUUCUAUCCACAAGUUACUUCAAGAAUAUGGCUCUUUUGGAGAACCUGUUAUCAGAAAUUAUACUGCACAGAUUCUUUCUGGGCUUGCUUAUUUGCAUGGGAGAAACACAGUGCAUAGGGAUAUUAAAGGGGCAAACAUACUUGUGGAUCCUAAUGGUGAAGUCAAGCUUGCUGAUUUUGGCAUGGCUAAACAUAUAUCAUCCUAUACUUCAAUACGAUCUUUUAAAGGAAGCCCAUACUGGAUGGCUCCUGAGGUCAUCAUGAAUGGAAGUGGAUACAAUCUCUCGGUGGAUAUUUGGAGCCUCGGUUGUACAGUACUUGAGAUGGCAACUUCGAAACCUCCAUGGAGCCAGUUUGAAGGGGUAGCGGCAAUAUUUAAAAUUGGCAAUAGCAAGGAUAUACCAGCUAUCCCAGAUCAUCUUUCUUCUGAAGCAAAAAGUUUUCUUAGAUUAUGUUUGCUUCGUGAUCCUUCAGCAAGACCUACAGCGGCCCAAUUGAUGUAUCAUCCUUUUGUGUGUGAUCAAUCUACAAUAAAAGCUACUAAAUCAAGUACGAUGGACAUGCUUUCUACUUCAUCUGAUGGAACCUAUUCAAUGGAUAAAGGUUUUCACAUCAACAAAAGUGCUUCUUCUUUAUUUGAAAAAGAUUAUGGAAUUGGACGCCCGGUUACCAACAUCCUAGUUCAUAAGAAUCCAAGUUGUAGUGAUCUUACGGGCAUGAGAGCUAACAUGUCAUUACCUGCCACUCGCUGUUCAAGUCCUCUUCGGCAAUGUAAACAAUGCAAUCGAAGCUGUCUCCCUUCUCCUACCCACCCGGUAUUGUCGGCUGGAGCUCACCAAUCAAGGCCGAGCAACCUCCCAGAUUAUAGUCUGGAUAUUGCAGAGCUCAAAAACCAGUCACCCUAUCACUGGCAAAGAAGAUGAGAAGUAUGCAUCAUGUGCAUUUUUCUCUUAACUUCGAUAGGCUGCGCAAGAACAAUUCUUUUAACUUCUUUAAUGGAUUCUGCGGAAAGAAUUGCACUCAACUGCAGAACCUGCUCACCUUCACAUCAGUCAUGUGGAAAUCAUUUUGGAUGGCAGAACGGUGGGUUUGAUCUUCUUUGUUUUUCUGUUAUAGUACCUGACAAUGCAUUGCGUAAAUUUUUUUUUUUUAAAUGCAUUGUGUGGAUUUUUUUCUUCUUUUAACAAUGCAUUGUUGGAUUCAGUCAUUGUACAUAGUAUAUUUAGAGUUAUAGCCCAUUAUGUAUAUUUGAUUGUUUGAAUGCUAUAAAUAUUUGUUUUUUUUUUUAAGAAAAAUGGAGAAAAAUAAUGAAUUUUUGUUUUU